CUUUGAGGUGAGAAAAGCGAGAAGCCCAGAGCAUGAUGGGAAGCUAGAGGGAAGGAAGUGGGCAGAUGGAGUCCAGCAGAGCAGAGAUACUGUUAUACAGCUCAGAAGGAACAUGUCUCUGGGUUACUGGAAGCUGCUAGCCCUCACUCUGCUCCCCUGCAGUGUGUAUGCAGGUUCCUGUGGGCCCAACCGAAAUAUCAACGGGAAAGUGGGAGGAACAGCGACUCUACCGGUGAAUGUAACAGGGAACACAGAGAUUGGUUGGAAGUUUGUCAUUGGUACCAGUGGGAAUCUAUUUGCUGAGACCAAACCAAACUCCCCUAUCAGUAUCAGGGAUUCUCAGUACCAGGGGAGAAUAGACAGCACCACUGAUGGCUCCUUAAUCUUCACUCAUCUAACCAAGAAGGACCAAGGGACCUACUUGACAGACAUCUCCCAAACAAACUGCGAUCAGUACUACAGUCUCAGGGUCUAUAAAUCCCUGGUGGCUGAGGACAUACAGAUCCAUCACAAUAGGAGUGGGAGUGGGAGCUGUAACAUUAUAUUAAGCUGCACAGUAAAUGAAGAGGAUGUGACCAUUACCUGGAGUCAUAGAGACAGGACAGACACAGAGGGGCCCGGCCCUACUCUCCAUGUCUAUAAUGAAUCAGAUGGGGCCUAUACCUGUACUGCACGCAAUCCUGUCAGCAGCGCCUCUAGGGGUCUGAAACUUUCCGAUAUCUGUAAUAAAGGCACGGAUCAAAACCCGCUUGAAUACCUCCAUUAUCUCAUAGGACUGAUACUUGCCCUUCUAAUCGUGUUCACCAUAUCCGCCAUAUUGUUCUUUGUGAGAAAGAGGAGGAAGAAGCCAGAUUAUCAGAAUACAGCUGGAGAAAUGGAAGGACAGUCCAUCUACUCUCAGGUGGAAGAUGUCAAUAUAUACCCUGCCAACACUCCCCAGAGAAGAACCAACACCUCCCUGACCAUCUAUAGCCAAGUACAUGCAGAAAAGGCAAGAGGGAGACUUUCACCUGUACCCCAAAUCUAUUUAUUAGACAAUAUUUUCAAGUGUUGUGCUACUGGUUUCUAG